UGCAGGCGAAUAACCCGCUUACGACGACGACGCCGAUCCGACGGAGAGGCGCGCGUUCGCGCCAGCGCCGAGUUUCAGUUCAACUGUUGAAUGCGAGCCGGAACGUCGCCCGAACAUUCCCUGACGUUUGACAGUCGCGGCGCGCUCUCCUCGCUGUUCCCGUCUACGUUCGCGUCCGUUUAGGAAGAGAAAACCCAUCCGGGACGAGCGAUUCGAAGCGCGAAAAUGGCGGAGGAGGACUUCAACGACGAUGGGAACGACAUGAACACGAAGUUCGGGCUGCGGUUACGCGGCCGGAAAGGUGCGCUGAAAAAGAAAAACGUCUACAAUAUCAAAGAUCACCGGUUCAUACCGAGAUUCUUCAAGCAGCCGACGUUCUGUUCGCACUGCAAGGAUUUUAUAUGGGGUUUCGGAAAACAAGGUUUUCAGUGCCAAGUUUGUAGCUUCGUGGUGCACAAAAGGUGCCACGAGUACGUAUCAUUUACUUGUCCCGGGGUCGACAAAGGAGCCGAUUCAGAUGACACUCGAACUCGACACAAUUUUAAAGUGCAUACAUAUUCAUCUCCUACAUUUUGUGAUCAUUGCGGUUCACUACUAUACGGAGUGAUUCACCAAGGGAUGAAAUGCACAGCAUGCGAUAUGAACGUUCACAAGCGCUGCGAAGAAAGCGUUCCGAAUUUGUGCGGCUGCGAUCACACCGAGCGCAGAGGGAGAAUCCAAUUAAAAAUCAGCUGCACGGGAAGCAAGCUCGUCGUCGAAGUUUUACAGGGCAAAAAUCUCAUUCCGAUGGAUCCGAACGGUCUGAGCGAUCCCUACGUCAAGCUCAAACUCAUUCCGGACUCCGAUAAUGUUAAGAAGAAAACGAGGACGAUCAAAUCGAACCUAAAUCCCGUUUGGAACGAAACGAUUACGUUCGAGUUGAAACCGGAAGACAAGGAUCGGCGACUGCUGAUCGAAAUCUGGGACUGGGACAGGACAUCGCGCAACGACUUCAUGGGCUCGUUGUCCUUCGGCAUAUCGGAAAUACUCAAAGCACCGGCCGUCGGAUGGUUCAAGCUGCUCACCGAGGAAGAGGGCGAAUUUUACAACGUGCCCGUGCCCGAGGAGGGCAUCGAUAUGGUGUCGUUCAAGAACCAACAAAGAAAGGCGUCGAUAACAAAAAAGCCAUCUCUGCUGGUCGAUAAAGAUGUGCCGCAUAACAUGGGAAAGAAGGACAUAAUACGGGCGACGGAUUUCAAUUUUUUGAUGGUGCUGGGUAAGGGAUCCUUCGGCAAGGUGAUGCUGGCCGAACGGAAGGGCACCGACGAAUUGUACGCCAUUAAAAUAUUGAAAAAGGACAUCAUCAUCCAGGACGACGACGUCGAAUGCACGAUGGUGGAGAAGCGCGUGCUGGCCCUCUCCAGCAAACCGCCGUUCCUCGUCCAAUUGCACUCUUGCUUCCAAACGAUGGAUCGCCUGUACUUCGUCAUGGAGUACGUCAACGGCGGCGAUUUGAUGUUUCAAAUACAACAAUGCGGGAAAUUCAAAGAACCGGUCGCCGUGUUCUAUUCGGCGGAAAUAGCGAUCGGUUUGUUCUACCUGCACACCAGAGGCAUCAUUUACCGCGAUCUGAAGCUCGACAACGUGCUGCUCGAUCAAGACGGUCACAUCAAAAUCGCCGAUUUCGGUAUGUGCAAAGAGGGCAUAUCGGGCGAUAAAACGACCAAGACGUUUUGCGGCACGCCCGAUUACAUCGCCCCGGAGAUCAUUUUGUACCAACCGUACGGGAAAUCGGUGGAUUGGUGGGCGUACGGCGUGCUCCUCUACGAAAUGCUCAUCGGCCAGCCGCCCUUCGACGGCGAAGACGAGGAGGAACUCUUCGCCGCCAUCACCGAUCACAACGUCAGCUACCCCAAGGGGCUGUCCAAGGAGGCCAAAGACGCUUGCAAAGGGUUUUUGACCAAAUAUCCGAACAAACGAUUAGGUUGCGGAGCCCGAGGCGAAGAGGACGUCAGAUCGCACGCGUUUUUCCGGCGAAUCGAUUGGGACAAGAUCGAAAACCGCGAAGUACAGCCGCCGUUCAAGCCGAAAAUCAAACACCGCAAAGAUGUGAGCAACUUCGACAAGCAAUUCACGUCGGAGAAAACCGAUCUGACGCCGACGGAUAAAUUGUUCAUGAUGAAUCUGGAUCAAUCCGAAUUCACCGGUUUCUCGUUUCUCAAUCCGGAGUUCGUCCAGCACGUUUAAUAAUUUAACCCGGAACAAAUUUCAAUGUAAUUCGGUCGAUUUUUUUUGUUCGUUUCGUCGACGAGCGAAACGAACGCAUACAUAUCGAAGAGACCAGUUAGAUAAUUUCUUAAGUACCUGGUUGGAUCGGUUUUAAGUAGGUACUCGUACUGACCAAUUUGUUUGCAAAUUAGAGUUGCUGUUUAAAUUGAAAAAAAGUAGCGCAUUGCGAUGUAGGUGAUGGUAAAAAGUGUUAAUUUUUUAGAUCAAAAUAGGAAAGAUUUCGUUUUUUCCUAUUCGAGUAGUAAGAUUAAACAAUUUUUUUUGUGUUGAUUACAAUUUAAAAUAUGUCAAAGCGAUUGUGAUACAGUUAAAUAUAAAACUCUUUAUUUUAGCGUGCUAUUUCAACUUAUUUUGUCAUUAUGACGUGUAGAGAAAUACAUCUGCUAAUGUAGUGGUCAUUUUCAACUUCACUCGUUAUUGCUACUGGUCAGUAUGGGACUUAUUAAAAGAAUCUCUUUAUAAUCUCUGUAUUAUGUACCAAGUUAAAUCCACUGUGGUAGUAUUUGAGAAGAAUAAUCGCAAAAACACCACAAUUUUACUUCCUGCGAGGAAUUUUGGUGUUACUUUCCUCAGACCCUUCUUCAAUAGAUUGGAUCAUUUUCGAAUGCAUAUUUUCAGGCUAAAAAUCUGAACUAUAUUGUGCCAAGCUUACGCCUAGCUAAGCCAAAAAAAUUAAACAUUCCUUAGGUGUAGUCGAGUUAUUGAAAUAGUUUUGUCAUAAAUAAAUUUAAUUUAAAACUUCCACCGGUUUAUUUUGAGUAUUUUAAAUCCCGAUCGGGGAUACUAAGCGUUUGUUUAUGUGGAAACUAUUUCGUUGACGAAUAUUAGUGAUUUGGCUGAAUUGCAUUAAAAAUUUGCUUGUGAUCCAUAUUAUAAUGAUAUUAUAAAGCCUCUCUAUUAAGUGAAAAAAAGGAAAUCGCACUUUAGAUAGUUGUUCACGUAAGAAUUAAAUAAGUAAUAAUAUUAUUCUUAUAGCUCUUCCAGAAAUAUAAAUGUAUAUUUCGAGUAGAACAAGAGCAUAUUUCUUAAACAGUAACGUUGUGUGAGGCUUUAGAUUUCUCUAAAUUAAUAAUAUCUACUCUUUUAUCUACUAUUUCGGGUGAUAAGUGGACAUAUCCGACAGCUUAUCAAAUCUGAUAAGAUUCACAAUACUUUUUUAAUGACCCACUUUAGAUUACAUUUCGACAAUGUUGCAAAUAUUAAUAAAAAAUUAAUUAACUCGCCCGGUCGAUUUGUAACAAUGUCCUUUCUAUUCCUGUAAAAAUCUAACGCCUUGACGUCUAAAAUUGUGUCUUAACGUUAAGAAGAAUGUUCUUGUUUUCACUUACUAUUUGGUAACUUGUACUUGAUUUUUUCGAGAACGUGUAUCGAUAAAAAAAACUGAAUGACUCGAGUGAUCUUACAAUUAUACAGAAUAGUGUUGUCAAUGAAACGAUAAAAAUUCUCUCGAAGAGAAGUUUAGUAACGUACGUAUAACUUUUAAAAAGUAAAAUAUAAAGUCUCGAACGACUAAAUAAUUUUUCUACUCUCGCGUGUAAAAAGUAGUUGAUUUAUUCUUUCAAAGUUUUCGUGCACAUAUUUAUAAUGUUAAUCGAAUGCGUAGGGAUAAGGAUUUGUGAAGUUACGUUAACAUCUAAUUAGCUCAAAACACAAUAAAAUUAUAAAGCAAUAAUUAAAUAAUUCUGAGUUACGAUCGGUUUUUUUAGACAAAAUACGCAAAUUUUCUAGAUUUUUCGAAUGAUUUAAUUGCUAUAGAAUUAACAUCUUUAGAAAUAAUAAGGAUUAUUUCUAUAUCGUAAAAAAAGUCGGGCAUUAGGAAACGUUCCCAAAUUUCUAAUGACCGACUCGCAUUAAAUGUAUAUCAUAAAAAAAUCGUAUAAAUAUAAAUACAAAUUUAUACUUGUAAUAAAACAAAACUAACGCUCGUACAAUCAAUUACUUGAAAAAUUUGAAAUUUGUCAGCACUAAUCUGUACUUAUUUAUUCGAAUUCGUGUAUUUUAAUUAAUUUUAAUGAAAUAUUUAAUGAUUAUAGUUAAUUAUUAUAGGGAGUAAUUUAUUGAAAGCCGUCGCAAAUUUCAUUAAAAUUACUUCAUAAUAGGUCGGUUAUCGGUGGAUUUUCAUUUCAAAUAUUAUUGUCAAUGCAUUUUUCCUUUCUCCAUGCUUCGACAUUCCACGAUAAAAAUUGACUUGUAAAGGAACUAAUAAAGUAGGUCAGAAUGUUAAUUGUUUCUUUUAUAUUUCGAGGUGAGGCAAACAUGAAACGCGCAAUUAAAUGUAACAUUUUGGAAGUAAUUUUAAUGUUUUUGUGUCUACGCUCCAUUGUGACCUUCAUAUUAAAAAAUCUCAUGUAUUAUAAUAUACACUAAAUUUUCGUACGAUUUUUCUAUCGUAGAAAAAUAAUCUCUUAUACUUAAAAAAAUGAGGUAUUUGAAUUUCUUUCGUCCAUAGCGGUAUUUAGAGGGAAAACGUUUAUCCCGUUGUUAUGCUGUUGAAAAAUUUUAAUCAAAGUAUUUUUAUUGUUGUAUUAUUGUACUGGUGUGUUAUUGACGAAAUUUAUUUUUGUAUAUCUGUCGAUGCGUUUUGUCAAUUUAUUUUUGUUUUCUUUUUGGAAAAUUAGUCGUACAGAUUCGUGUUUUGUUUCUGUACUAUUAAUGUCCCUUAAUUUUUUUCAACUUUUAAUCAAAAAAUUUACAAUAAACAAAGCAUUUACACUUGUUUCGAAAUAAACUUUGAGCCGAACGCUCUCUAUUUAGUAAAAUAAAUUGAUAAAAUAUUUACUUUGUAGUUAAACAAAAUCUAGUCUCUCGUAAGUUAUAAAUAAACAUCUAGUCUCAAUUUUAUUAUGCCAUCUAUGAAGAUCUGG